CCAGCCAUCUCGCAUUAUUCCCACAAAAACCGUGAAAAAUGUUACAUUAACCGUAAAAAAAAUUAUCAAACCAACCCAAAAUGACGACGAUUAAUAUAUUCUAAACAAAUCUAAAACAGAUUAUAAAAAAGUGAAAAUAAGGUUUUAGUGUCGAAGUAAAAUGUAAUAAAAAAAAAUUUAGUGUAACGAAGUCUUCCAUUAUAGUUAAGAAUUAGAUUAAUGUAUAUGUCUUCCUGUAACGUCAAUUUUUAAAUAUAGAAUUUUUUGAAAAAAGAAUUUAAAAUGAUAAACGUCGGGCGUUUCAAGUUGCCACCAAUUAAGAAUGUGCUGGAUGUAGCCAUGCAGACUGUGAGGCAGCAAGUACCAGAACGACCUGGGACUGCACCGCGCCCACCACAAAAUGUCCGGUUUGCUAAUUCAGACAUAGGAGAAAGUUGUGAGCUAUCUACAAUGAAUGAGACGACAUCACCGUCAUACCAGUCUACAAACCCUACCAACCCAUUUCUGAGCGGACAGCUUCAGGCUGAAGAUACCUUUACCAGUUAUCAAAACACAUAUCCACAACAAGAUGGCGCUCUCAGAACUCAGAGCAUGCAAAGCGUUGAUUUUUACGCCUCAUCGGAGGAAGGUGGGUUCGAAGAGGGUGGUGGUAGCCCAGGUGCUAAGAUCAACGAGUUUCAAGCUGCCUGGAACGUUACAAAUGCUAUUCAGGGAAUGUUCGUUGUGUCAUUGCCAUUUGCCGUGCUUCAAGGAGGAUACUGGUCAAUAGCCGCCAUGGUUGGUAUCGCCCACAUCUGCUGUUACACAGGCAAAAUUCUAGUAGAUUGUCUCUACGAAGAUGACCCAGUCUCUGGUCAACGAGUACGAGUCCGCGAUUCUUACGUCAGCAUCGCCAAAGAAUGCUUCGGAAGAAAAUAUGGCGCCAAAAUUGUCAAUAUCGCACAAAUUAUUGAACUUCUGAUGACUUGUAUCUUGUACGUUGUGGUUUGUGGGGAUUUGAUGAUUGGAACCUUCCCCGAUGGAUCAAUCGAUACCCGAUCUUGGAUGAUGUUAACGGGCAUAUUCCUAUUGCCUUUGGCAUUUUUAAAGUCCCUCAAAAGCGUUAGUAUGCUGUCUUUCUGGUGUACCAUGAGCCACUUAAUAAUAAACGCCAUUGUUCUUGGCUAUUGUAUUCUUUAUAUUGGGGAAUGGGGUUGGUCUAAAGUCAAAUGGAAUCUCGAUUUGGAAAACUUCCCCAUUAGUCUGGGUGUUAUUGUCUUCUCAUAUACUUCCCAAAUAUUUUUACCCACCUUGGAGGGUAACAUGGAAGAUAGAUCUAGAUUCGAGUGGAUGUUAAAUUGGUCACAUAUUGCUGCUGCCGCAUUCAAAGCGAUUUUUGGAUAUUUCUGUUUUCUGACAUUCCAAAACGACACUCAGCAGGUCAUAACAAAUAACCUUAGAUCUGCUGGCUUCAAGGGACUUGUAAACUUUUUCCUGGUGAUUAAAGCUGUGCUUAGCUACCCCUUACCUUAUUAUGCGGCCUGUGAUCUGCUUGAACGCGUUCUGUUUCGAGGAAAACCUAAAACUGUCUUUCCGCCAAUUUAUGCUUUGGAUGGCGAGCUGAAGGUUUGGGGUCUAGCAUGGCGCCUCGGUGUGAUAAUGUUUACGAUACUGAUGGCAGUAUUUAUUCCUCAUUUCCUGAUACUCAUGGGCUUUAUUGGUAGUUUCACUGGUACGAUGUUGAGCUUCAUUUGGCCUGCGUACUUCCAUUUGAAAUUGAAGGCCAAUCAGCUCGACAGUACCACUGUCGCCUAUGACUAUUUCAUUAUUGGUUUGGGCGUAUUAUUCGGCCUAAUCGGAAUGUACGAUUCUGGUUCUGCUCUUAUAAAAGCAUUCAAAAUAGGGUUGCCGUUUUAAUUUAGUAGUCAAUAAUUGUUGAACUAUUUUUAGAAUAAUGCAUAUUAAAUGUCUAUUAUUUAUAACCCUGCAAGUUGUUUGCGGCAAAUUAAUGCCAAUAUUUAGUCUGAUGUGAUUUUGUAAUUUAGAUUUAGCUGUUAAGAAUUUAAACUUGUUGCUGAUAUAUCCAUUGUCUUCCAAAAUAAUGAUUAUAUUUAUGACAAUUGACAUAAAUGACGUUAUGUCAGUAUAGUCACAUUGUUAGGUUAAGAAUGAGCGUCUUCCAGAUAUUUAAAUCUUCAACAACGAAGUCUUCCAUUUAAAGGUAUUUUUAAAGUUAUAUAUUUACACAUUUUGUGCAAACAGUAGCAUUAUACUUUAUAAAUUGUAUAACGCUUUUAACUGCGAUGUCAUAUAUGUACAGUAUAACCCCCUUAUAACGCAUUUUCCAUAUAAAGCGCCUUCAUUCCGGGUAUUUUCCCAUAUAACCCUAGUAUUUCAGACGUAAUAUUUCUGUACUGUGUCAUUUAUAAUGAUCUGUACUCACUUAUUUCGUUAAAAACAGCUUUUUCUUAAUCUUCGACAUAAAUCCCCUUUAACGAGAAAAGUUAAACGUCAAUCAUUUGUAAGGCGUAAUGUAACCGAUACAAAUUAACCUGUAUCUUAUAUUCCAUAAUAAACGUAUUUUAUUUUGAUGGGGUUAUUUAUACAAGCGCAGUAUUCGAGGAUACUCCUACGCGUUUCCAAUAACGCGGAACCAAUCUACCGUGUUAUAAGAAGGUUUACUAUACAAUUCAAUAGAUAACUCGACAUGUUAUUAAUUGUACAAUUAAAGACAAUAACAAUAUACAUCUAUAUAUAUAUAUAUCACUUAUUAAAUGACAAUAUAUGAAAAAAAAUUAACAAAAAUCCGCAGAUUUAACACAUUAGGAUUAUCGUCUGUCUUAUUCAGACGUCUUGUUGUUGUAAAGCAUUAUAGAAUAGUAUUAAUUAUAAUCUAAUAUAUCGCUAUAUUUUAGGAUAUAAUUCGUUUGAUAAAACGCAUAGUAAUGUUUUGUGUGUUGACAGUUUUCUUCCAUAGAUAAAUUAAUGACACGUACAUCUUAAGCGAGAAUACAAAUAUUAGACCUUGUUACUAAAGUUUAAUUAUUGUGCGCUGUGUACUGUCUAAUCUUUUAAUUUUACCGAAAAAAUAUACAAGUAUCAUUUCCAGGAGUAAAUAACUCAUGGGUAGGUUCGCAAUUACAACGUCUAUUGUCUAUUACCGUGUCAUUUAUAAACCUAAAUAUUCGCCAUUUAAGGAAUUAUUUAUU